CCACCAGCAUCAGUGUGGUCCUUGACCCCACGCCACCCAGAGCGUCUACCGAGCACUCAUCCUCCAGCGAAGUUACAGUCGCUGUGUGUUGGUAUUUAUGCCAGACUGCAGGCUCACUGAACUCCCCCCCACCCCCUAGAUUAUCGGACCGAACCAUUGCCGCAGUUUAGGUUUGAGCACCUGUCACAUGACGCUUUCUAUUUCCACGCCGCUCUUCAUCGGCGCGGCGAGUUCGUGCGCUUGGACGCGACGUGGAUGUGGAUCGGACGCUGCCCUCCGGCGAAUGCUGCGAGAGAGCAAGCUCUGAGUGAGAUGGGCUGCCAAAUUGCCCCGACACCCCUAUUGUGCAACUGGCAGCAUCACCCACUGCCUGCAAUGGCGUUGAAGCGGCUUCAGUGUGUCUAAGCGGUUUCUGUAGUGGCGAUUCCGUCCUGGACCACUUACGAGCGUGGGAGAGAAAUGUUAUUUUUGGGAAGCUUUUCCAGCGAGAGCAUCCAUAUUUCCCCCCGCAUUUGCCCUCUGGAUUACAUUUCGUGCCUGUUAGGAGCCCGACGAAGCUGGAGCGUUGAAUGUGUGACUAGGCUUAAAGCACUGGAGUAGGCCCAACUAGACUUUGGACUCUUAAUGAGGUCACAGCAAUGCUGACAUUGCCUCUAAACCCAAAGACAUCAUCAUGCUGAAGACAGAGGCUUCGGGGGAGAGGACCAGCCUCCGCAGUGCCUCCCCCCACCGUAAUGCCUACCGGGCUGAGUUUCAGGCACUUAAGAGGGCCUUUGACCAGCCUCGGAUUGAUGGGGACUCGAAGCCCAAAGACCCCGAGCGGGUGAAACAACCGAGGGGUCGCCAGUAUGGCGCUCACGUCAGUCGCAUUAAGGACAUGUUCAUGCAGAUGGGCUCAGAAAAUACAACCAGUAAAGCCAGGGGUCGGGAUGAAUCGUCGCCGCAAAAACUAGUGAAGCCAACCAACUUUAUCAACAAAACUGAUGGAUCAGUCAUCAAACUUCAACAUUCUUCAUCUGCUGAGAGGAUUGGGAGUGCGGGGGCAAAGUUUUCCGAAACCAGGAAACUAUUUGAACAACAGUCACGUGACCAAUCCCAAUCACCAGUCUUUCCCUACGGACGCGAUAAGAGGGGCUCUCAUGAACACCUUGACGACUGGAGAGGAGCGAGGUCCAACAGAGGCAGCACAGACUCUCUGGACUCUCUGUGCUCCAGAACCGAGGCAUCAUCGCCAACCGUUAGUCAGCUCAGUGCUGUUUUUGAAAAUACUGACCAACACAAUCAAGGGGGGUCCUAUAGAGGAGUAAGUAGGCGAGCCCUCUACUCACCUGAUGGAUCCUACCGCCAAGGAGGAGAUCUCAGCGAGGUUGAGUCAAGACAAUCUCCAAUUCGCGGAAACUACCGGAACAAAACCGGGGGCAAGUUUCCUGCGUCUUCAUCCACUGAGGACUUCCUGAGCCCCAGUCCUGGAGCAGAUACUUCUGAAGCCAAAAAAGAGAGUUCACGAGAUAAAGAGAUCCAGGACAAAACCGGGGAAGCUUCUAGAAGAGACAGGCAAAAUUUGUACAAUGCCACCACCAAUGGAAGCCAAGUUAAUGGCUCUUGUGAAGAAGAAGAAAACCCCUCAGACUCACUGACAUUUUUUGAGGACCAAGAAGUCAUCAAAGCCUCAAAAUUUACACAUAGUACUGUGAUUACUAAUAAAAUUUUUGAAGAUGUUACUCAUGAGCUGCUGCCCUCCACAACCCCGCAAACUGGAGAAAGCAGAGAUGACGUGGAUGCUUUGAAGCAGGAAACAUCCCCUGAACCACCCAAGGACCAAAUUGAAGUACCAGAGGAGGAAUAUACAGGAAAUGAGAGGGUGAUUUUCAACGCAGAUGGGGACGCCUGUUACCAGGGAUGGGGAGAAAGCUGCACCGAUCCCGAUGAUGACCUGUAUGGUGAUGACGAGGAUAUUGUCUACGACCCAGGCUCCGAUGUGACGGAGAUCCCUGGUCUGCCGGAAGAAAACAAGGAGGACAUCCCACCAAAGAGGAAGAUUUGCUUCAGCACGUCUCCCAUCACAGUGUUCAACACCUACUCCAACGAGGACUAUGACCGACGUAACGAGGAAGUGGAUCCUGUGGCCUCCUCGGCGGAGUACGAGCUGGAGAAGAGGGUGGAGAAACUGGAACUCUUCCCUGUGGAACUGGAGAAAGAUGAAGACGGCCUUGGGAUCAGUAUCAUCGGGAUGGGUGUCGGCGCUGAUGCUGGCUUGGAGAAACUGGGCAUCUUCGUGAAGACCGUCAUCGAGGGUGGAGCUGCCGAGAGAGACAGCAGGAUCAAGGUGAAUGACCAGAUUGUGGAAGUGGAUGGGACCAGUCUGGUGGGUGUGACCCAAAGCUUUGCUGCUUCAGUCCUGAGGAACACGUCAGGAGUCGUUCGCUUUGUGAUUGGCCGAGAGCGCCCAGGUCAGCAGAGUGAGGUGGCCACGCUCAUCCAGCAGACCUUGGAGCAGGAGAGGAGGCAGAGAGAACUCCUGGAGCAGCAGUAUGCCCACUAUGACGCAGACGACGACGAGCAGACGGGGGAGUAUGCCACCGAUGACGAGGAAACGGGAACAACGGCGGGUGGCGAGAAGAGCAUAGAGGUGUUUGAUCUGCCGGAAACGGAAGAGAUCUUGUCUCCUUCAGAGUUGGACGCCACUAAGCUGUACCAGAAGUUCAGAGAGCUCCAGAUCAAGCACACAGUGACAGAGGCCGAGAUCCAGAAGCUCAAAAACAAGUUGGCGUCCGUUGAGAAGGAGAAGCAGCGCUGGGAGAAGGAGAAGAGCCAGCUGAAGGCCAGCAUUGAGGAGAACAAGGAGAGGAUGCUGAAGCUGGAGAGCUACUGGAUCGAGGCGCAGACGCUCUGCCACACCGUCAACGAGCAUCUGAAGGAGGCCCAGGCCCAGUACCAGGCUCUGGAGAAGAAAUACAACAAGGCCAAGAAACUCAUUAAGGACUUCCAGCAGAAAGAGGUGGAGUUCAUCCAGAAGGAGGAUGCAGAGAGGAGGCGGCUGGAGGAGGCUGAGAAAGCUCACCUGGCUGAGAUCCAGGGACUGCAAGUUAGGAUUGCAGCAUUGGAGUCUGAGUUAAUGCAGCUGAUGAAGCAGAAUGGCAUCCAGGUCAACAACAACAACAGCAACAGUUCUGAGAGGCUCAGCGCUCAGCAGCACAGCCCGAGCGGAGCUGCAGCUCAACCUAGAGAAGUUGACGAAGGAUCCUCCCACUCACCCAGCAUAAAGACAGGCUGCACCGGAGACGGCAUCAGUUUCCAAGAGGGACAGAUUUCUGAGGCUCUUGGUAGUCCAGCACGUAGUUGCUUUGGAUCGGUUCGCUGCGAUUCGAAAGACGGUUCCCCCAGAAAAACACAACAUGGUUCUCAGUCAGUUGGAGAGUCAAGCCUGGACGAACACAGACAAGCUCCAGACCCUGGUUCCACAGAACCGUCAGCAGAUGGCAGUGUGCCGAAACCAAAGGAUAAGGGCUCACUUACAUGGCCCCAGUUCUUCUCCUACUCAUAUUAUGUGGCGCCAACCGUUGGCGACGGCCUGAGCGCCAGCAGCAGCAGCAGCUCGGUGGAGAUCAGUGGUCUGCUCAGCGCCACCAGGGUGUCGGGGCGCUCACACACCCCAGUGCUGUCCUCGGAAGAGAGUCUGGAUAUGAUAGAUGAUGAGAUUUUAGAUGAAGCGCAGCCUUUGAAGCAGCACCAGUGGCAGAGCCGCAGCAUUACGGACUGGACCUCGCAGCAAGUGGCGCGCUGGCUCACAGGCCUCAAUUUAGAACACCAUAUCCCAGAAUUCACUGCCAAAAACAUAGACGGGGAGCAGCUGCUGCAGCUGGAUAGUGCUGAACUCAAGACUCUUGGUGUGACUUCUUCCCAGGACCGCUCCCUGAUCAAGAAAAAGAUCAAAGACCUCAAAGUUCUGAUGGAGAAGGCCCGGCGCAACCAGGAGAAAGUGGAGAAACAACGCGAGAAGAAACGGAAGAAAGAGCUGGAGCAGCAGCAGAAAGAUGCAUGCAAAGAAACCUCCACGGAGUGAAAAGAACCCGACCUCCUGUUGUUGAACUGUAGCGCCACACGGAGUAGCAUCUCGCGGAGCAGAAGGUCAGCAGGUCCCUCGUUGAAACCCAGCGGGACGCCUGCUCUGUAGUUCUCAAAGUUGGAACUCCACAGCUGACCGUCAGAAGGGGCUGAGUGACCUAUUCCCCUGGCAUACCAAAACUAAAACUAGCUUUUGGUUGGUGGAAUCCUGUUCAUCAUUUUCCCAGUCCCCCCCCCCAUCUCCUGUCCAUCCUGUAAUUUUACCCUUUUUGACGAGUUAUUAAGUUCUAUUUAUUUUGCUGUUUAUAGCUGUAAAUUGGGUUUUAUUUAUUCAUAUCCAGAGUCAAUCUGUGAUGAAGUUCAUCUCAUCUUCCUCCCAUAUCAUCAUAGACAAAACACAUGCUCAUGUACAGUGAUAAACACAAAUACAGAUACGUCUAACGUGCCAUUUUAAUAGACUUGUGAAAACCUAAAUGAGCAGAAUCUACUGUUUUUGUGAAGCGGGUCAGGUCUGCGAGGUAGAUUUUAAAAGGACAUCCCUCAUCUCCCCCCACUGGGUGUCUCCAUGACGCUUAUUUCUUCCACCCAAGGAAGCAGAACAGAGAGAGAAGAAGAUCUGUUGGAGAACACUGGAAGUGCAAACACUGAAAAUGUUGACUUUAUACAUCAAAAAGCAGCUUGACUGAUAAAAGACGUACUGUAUUCACCGGGCUGCGUUUGUAAGUGAUUUUCAGGUACUGUGCAAGCAGUGAAUUUGUAACCUAACCUAAUCCUCAAGAAGCUCAUUUACUGAAACGUCCUACUCAUAUGCAUAAUGUUGCUCCGACUCCACUAAUAACUUGCUUUUGACCUCCUUUUGUAAGUCGGUAAUAAAGUUAAACCCCGCUGCUGCCUUUAGACAUGCUAGAGUAGUUGAAUACUUCCUGAGCUCUACCUGCUUCUGUGUGCGUGUCGAAACAAAUGCUAAGCUAAUUCUCUUAUAUUCUUUCUUGUUGUUCUUUUUGAUAAUUCACAUGCAAACAUCAUGCCUGACGCUGUAAUGUUACACUGGAAAUCCACAUUGAUUAGAGAUGUACCGAUUAGACUUGUUGGCCAAUUUCAGAUGUCCAGUUUUUCUAAAGCUUGAUCAAUCAAUACCAAAUUUAGCUGUAUUAAAAUCUGAAAAUGUAACAGCAUUUUAAAAUGUUUGAUAAAGCUUCGAUAAUGUUAGCCACCAUAA